AUGAUCGAUGUACUUUAUUCACUGGUGGGUGUAAAUCAACGAUUUGAUCGACUAGCACUUGAUCCUCUCUAUAUUCAUCAUCUGAAUUUAAUGGUUGAAUCAAUGCUUACGAAUAACUUUUCAGUAGGCAAACAAGUUCUUGAUAGAAUUUGUGAAGAAAUUUUGCCUCGAAUUAAUAAUAAAAUAAACAAACUCAUUGUUGAUCGAUAUUCUAUAGAACGUGUAUUUCGUGUUGUUGUCUAUCCUCAACUUUAUUCAUUAACAUUUGCCACUUUUCAACAAGUUACACUUUUACCAUAUUGA